AUGCAUCGAGAUACUGAUCAACUAGCUUUUCCAAUGCUGGUUGAUCAUGGUUUCACGGUGUUGAGUAAUCAUCAUAAUACUGCCAUGACGAAUUCGGAGAUUCAGAUCAGAAAUCUACAAGAGACAUUAACAAUAAAAUGUGAAAAUCGUCAUGAUUAUGAACAAUGGAUGGAAUCUUUGAAUCUUUUGCAAGAAAAGGCCUUUUGCUUUGAAAAUAAAAAUGACACUCGUUUCCAUUCAUUCGCACAAAUUCGUUACAAUCAAUUAGGUUUAUCAAUGGAAAAAGCUAUUCAAUUAGCGAAAGAAGAAAUCUUUAUUACUGACUGGUGGCUAUCACCAGAAAUUAUGCUCAUACGACCAAACGAUGAUGAGGCAAUGCGUUUAGAUAAUCUGUUGGGAAAGAAAGCAGUAAUCCGACAUCCCAAUCAUAAUCGAAUUAAUAAUACAUUAUUAUGGUCGCAUAAUGAGAAAUCAUUGAUUAUUGAUCGGAAAAUAGCAUUUAUCGGUGGGAUCGAUUUAUGUUUCGGUCGAUGGGAUAAUGAAUUUCAUCGUCUCGUUGACUUGGGUGAAACAACGAAACAAGUUGGAGAAGAGUCUAUGGAUACGAACAAUAGAUAUUUCAUUGGGAAAGAUUAUGUAAAUAUUUACGAAGGACAAAUUGACAAUGUUGAAAGAUUUGGUGAAGAUUUCAUCGAUCGAAAACUGGUACCACGUACUCCCUGGCAUGAUGAAGCUCUUGUAGUAUUCGGUGAGGUAGCACGCGAUGCUGCAAGGCAUUUUAUACAACGAUGGAAUAUUCACAAGAUCGAAAAAUUUGUCAAUGAUUCAUCAUAUUUAUUCAUUCUACCGAAAACAUAUGAUGAUAAAGAAGAAUUAACCGUAAAUAAUUGGGAAGAGUUUCUUGAGGGUCAUCCAUGCCAGAUCAACGCUCAAUGUGUUCGUUCAAUUGGUCCAUGGUCUGCAAGUACGAGAACAACCGAAACGUCGAUUCUUAAUGCUUACAUACAAAUGAUCGAUGGUGCCGAACAUUUUAUAUUUAUUGAGAAUGAAUUUUUCGUGACAGUGGCAAAUGAUUCAUUCAUUCAGAAUCCAGCGUCAGAGACUCUCUAUCAACGGAUUGUACGUGCUCACAGGGUACUACCUACUAAUUGUGUUCGACGUUUUGAUCAGAUAACCAAUUAUACUGACAAGCCCAAACUCAAAGAUACUGAUCCAAAUCAAGCUCACGAGAAAUUGAAAAAUAUUCAAGGUCUAGUUGUUGAUUAUCCAAUUUAUUUUCUCGAUGAAGAAAAUUAUCUACCCAGUCUUCGAACUCGUGAAGGUAUCUCAUAUUGA